AUGGCCAAGAAGCAGUCGUCUGCGUCGUCUGCGACCCGCAAGAAGCACGCGGCCAAGCAGGCAAAGCGACGAGGAGGAGACGACAUCGACGACGACGGCGAGCCACCGAGGCCGCUGCAACGUGGACAGAACAAGUCGAAGAAGGACCGAAAGCAGGACAAGAAAGACCGCGUCAAGCAGUACAUCCCGCCGCCGCCGCCGCCAAAGGGACUGCCCGACCCCGUCGACCUCUACCUCGUCCAGGCGGGCAAGCAGCCUGAUGCAGAGCUUCUCGUCGUCCUGAGACGGCUGCACAAGAAGGACGAGGCGACCAUCUCGCGCGGUGUCGACGGGCUCGAGGGAUGGGUCCGGGAGACGCUGAGGAUGGAUGUAGACGGCGACGGCGAGGACUGGGAGCGAGAGAUGCGUCAGGAGGGCGUCGUAGACUGCAUGGCUGCCUGGGCGCACCACUUUCCUCGGCUCGCUCUUCAUCCUUCGCGGCGACUGCGACUGCAGGUCCACUCCUUGCACUCUCUCCUCGUCGCCAACCCCGCCUCACUUCCGCGCGGACAGGCAGUCCCUCCCCUCCUCGCCUCGACUCGCUCCGCCCUCCUCUCCCCUCUCUGGCUCGAGAGCCGGGACUAUGUCGGCGCUUGGUGUACGGCAGCAUGGGACAACGACCGUGCUAUCAGGCGGGAGGCGCGAGGGAGCUGGGACGCUGUCCUGCUGCCGCUCUCGACUCGAGCGGCGGAAGAGAAGGAGGGAAUUAACCUCGUGGAACAGGCGGACGCGAUCGCGUCCUUCUGCUUCUCCGUUAUCCUCGGCGGCGCAGGUCAGCCCGCUUCUUCGCCCGGCACCGACACGCCCUCCUCAUCCUCCGACUCCAGCGAAGACCCCGCCUUCCUCCGCACCUCCUCCAUCCUCGCCCUCUCCUACCUCCUCUCGACUCUUCCCUCGCCGCUCGCGCUCUCAGAAGACACCCUCUCGACGCUUACGGGCGAACAGAUGUGGGACUUAGUCGUGCGGAACGAGCCCAGCAGCGGGGUGAAGGAACAGCCGCAGAUGGUUCGGAGGGCGAUGUACGAGUUGCUUGGUGCGAUUGUGGGAAGGAAGGACGAGGAGUUGCUCAUUGAGGGGGAGAAGAGCGUCAUGGGCGAGGAGGAAGACGCGGAGGAGGAGGACGACGAGGAGGACAGGAAGGCGAGGUUGCAGGGCAUUGCAGUGCGGGUGCUGGCGAACUGCUGGGCCGAGGAAGACGGCUGGCCUGGCAUUAUCGCCUUCCUGCGACGCUAUCCUCAGGCCUGGACGCUUGCCAACGCUGCGCUCGCCGACUCAGCCGAGCGCGACGACGAGCUGGAUGACACCGGGACCGCCGACUUCAUCCCCUCUGCCACGAUCUCCCUUUUCCUCGAGCACCUCGCCUCGGGCUGCUCCUCCCACCCGACCCCACUCUACCCGACCAUCCUUCUCCUCCUCUCGACCAUCCCCGCCCCUCUUCUGCCCGCCACCCGCCCCGUCCUCUCCACCCUCUUCACCUCCUUCUGGUCCGCCCACUCUUCCCGCGCACUCGCCAUAAACGGCCGUCUCGCCAUCGACGCCUGGAUCUCCGCCUUCCUCGAAUGCCUCGUCUACUCCCUACCAAAGGUUGAGGAGUCGGCGACGGUGGUCGACCUCGCGAAGGAGUGGGUCGGCGAAAAGGUUUGGAGGGCGUACCUCGGACGAUUGGAGGAUGGCGAGGGCAGGCCGAUCGCGUCGAGGAAAGUUGCGAGCGAGAUUCAGGUCGCUCUUUCGCGACUGGCGGCGAAGGAAGACAAGACUGCGUUCGAGGCAGUCUGGUCGGUCAUCGAGAAAGAGGCGCUGGAUGUUCUUGCUGGAGAGGCGGACGGGUGGGCGAUCUCGCUCACUUCGCUCGCUAUGGCGCUCCAAGCCUUCGGCGACUCGAAGAGCGAGUUGAUUCGGGCGAAGGACGGAGCGCUGGCGAAGGAUUGCGUCGCGGCGUCUGUGCGAAGAGUGCCGCAGGAGGAGAAGCUCGAGGCGAAGGAGGAGUUGUUGCGGUUUGUCCUUGACGCGAAGGAGCUCAUUCAGGACGAUGAGCAGACGAUGCAGUCGCUCGACGAGCUCGCACGAACUCACCUUCCCUCUCUCUUCCCGACCUCGCCUCUCGCCCUUUCCGUCUUCGCUUCGCACCUCGCCUCGAAUUCCGCAUCUUGUCGUGCCGACACCUGGACCUCCCUCUUCCAGACUCCACCGUCCACCAGUACACUCCUCCAACUCGUCGAGGCCGUUACAGACACCGGUCUCGCAGGGGACCUCCCCUCGGCAGGCCUAGACGAGCACGUCAAGGCGGUCGCCGAGAAGGUGCUCGCCCCCGGUGCGCAGUACGACACUGACGAGCUUGAGCUGCUGCGGCGACUGAUGCUGCAGCCUCAGCCGCUCGUCAGCCCAGACUUGCCAGCAGUGCUGCUCCAACUCGCCGUCGAUGCCCUGCGGAAACCUACAAGCACGGUCCUUACAACCAUCUCGCCCCUCCCUCGCAACCUCGACUCGCUCAUCGCACCGACUGCAUUGAUCGCUCACUACGUCCAGCUCGCCGAUAACGCCCGCGCAGUUGGAUCGCACGAAGGCGCAGCAGAACUUCUCGCUGACGUCGCCUACCUCGUCCCGAACUGCCGCCUCGAGCGGGAAGGGCUGUACGUGCCCGGUGAAGCGGCUGCCGCGGCGCAGCAGGCGUGGUCGAGCGUUGUGCGGGCUGUCGGAGACGAGGUCGUCGCAAGGGCUGUCGCACGGCUGAAGGACCGAGUCGGCGGCGUCAACUCGCGACCGUCGGCUGUCGAGGUCGUCUCGGCUGCGGCGGACGUUCUCGACACCCUCCCUUCGACCACAGUCUCGCUCUCGGAUGUCCUGCCGUCGAAGGAGGCGAUCGAGCAGCUCUACCACGACUCGUCCCUCUCGCUUCCUUCGCCCUCUCUCGCCAUUAUCGAUCCGCUUGUCCCGCCAGUCGAUGCCUCGUCCUCCUCGACGACCGACUCCUUCGACUCUUCCUUCCUCUCCGCCUACUCCCGGGCACUCGUCGCCGUCCUCGAAGUUUCCGCUCGCGAUCACACGAUCCUUCGGGGGUCCUCGUGGAUCCUUCCGCACCUCCUCCUCGUCGCCGACGUUGCGCGAGAUGAGCUGGCCAAGCCUUCGCGCUCGUCCGGUCUCUUCGGCUCGGAUGUGCCCGAGGAGGUUCUCGAGCGUGUGCUUGCCGCAGCCGAAGGUGCUAGCAGCUACCUCCUCUCGUCGACGGCAAACAGGCUCUCGUCGGGAUGGCACGCCUCAGCUGUCGGCCACUUGCGAUCGAAGGAACGGCCUGUGGUACCGGAAGGCGACGACCUGCUGGCGGCGCUCGACGAGCUGUGGUCGCCGGCGAAGACGAACGCGGAUGAGGCAAAGGCGGUCUACGCACGACGAGCCGUUCGAACGGUCCUCGAGGCGACUCUGAGGUACUCGGAGGACGGCGGGCCCCAGGAUGCGGAGCGCUGGCUUGCGAUGGCGCAAAACCUCACGUCUGCGCCUGACCUCGCCUGCGCCAUCCUGCUCGCUAUCAAGCCGGUCCUGCUCGACACCCCGCGCUUCGAGCGGUACCAGAACGAGCUCGCUGCCAACCUUGCGGGCGUCCAGCCUUCUGCCAUCGACGUCAAGGCCGUUCCCGCUCUUCGCCAAUUGCUCGCCACCGCGCCGCCUCUCGACGCUGCCGUCAUCUUCCUGCCUCAACAGCGCUCGAUGUUUCUCAUCCAGGCCAUCUCGCGAUGGAUCAGCAGCGACGAGUCGAUCUCGGAGGAGCUGCAUGCCGGCAUCGCCGAGCUCUUCUGCCACCUCGCGCCGAUCGUGCAGGAUCUGUCGGGCGGUCACUGGGACCUCAUGUUCGACCUCAUCGAGACGAACCUCGACUCGGCCGACUGGGAGGAGCCGGUCACGCUUCCGCCAGCGUACCACUCCUGUCGUCUGCUCUCGCAAAUCAAGGACCUCGCUGCGGCGAAUGCGGACUUGCGCGACACCGCCAAAGCGCGUCUGACACCCUCGCUCGAGAUGGUCCUUCGCCUGUUCGUCAACCGGUCGCCCGCUCGCACACGAGACGAGCCUCGAGCUGCGGUAGUCGACACGAUGGCCCGACUCGUUAAGGACCUCCCGCCGAAGCUGUUGAGCAUGGACAAGUCGUUCGAGCAGCUCCUCCGUCUCUUGCAAGACCCCGCAUGGGCGGUCCAGCUCUCGUCGUAUGACCUCUUCCGGCGAGUCGUCAAGAGCUACGUCGAGGAUUUGGUUGUCGAGGCGGAACUCGACAUGGAGGAGAAACUCGAGAUUCGGUUGCCGGAGAGUUUGGUCACUCUUCUGCGGGUGCCCGUGCCCGACGACUCGACGAGCGCCGCGACGACCUACUUGCUUGGCUGGAUGACGGCGUUCUCGUUCUUCGGAUCGGCGUCUCCUCGCCUCCGCACCGCCUACAUCGAGCAGCUCCGCGACGACGGCUUGAUCGUACAGUCCCUCCUGCCGAGCCUGUUCGCUCUCCUCAGCAUCAGCGAUCGGACUCGGCCAUUCGACCUCGCGCCUUGGUCGAUCGACGACUUCCACCUCGAUCUCUUCGACACAACCUCGCCUUCCAGUCUGCCCGUCCUCGCAGCACACGUCUACUAUCGCGCACUACAGGCCGUCCCGUCCAUCAUCCGGUCGUACUGGUCAUCGCUGCAGAACCUCCAGCUGUCCCGGACGAUCCAGUCCUUCACCUCGCGGCACUUCUCUCCGCUGCUCAUCUCGGACGAACUGCUCGCUCUGCGCGACCCGUCGUCGCCCGUCGGCCAACAGCUGCGCGACAACGACGACUUUUCCGUCAAGGUCGCCGCGAAUGCGAGCGAGGUCAAGGUCGUCUUUGUCGUUGACGAGGAGAGCAUGGAGGUUGCGGUCAAGGUUCCCAGCGAGUUCCCCCUCGCUGGAGUCGAGAUCAAGGAUGUCAGGAAGGUCGGCGUUACGGAGAAGCAGUGGCGCGCGUGGUUGCUCGCCAUGCAGCAAGUCAUUACUUCUCAAAGCGCUGCGAUCGCCGACGCCAUCCUCCUAUUCAAGCGCAACGUCCAGCUGCACUUUGAAGGCGUCGAGUCCUGCGCGAUCUGCUACUCGACCGUCUCGACCAUCGACCGCACCUUGCCUUCGAAGAAGUGCAGAACGUGCUCGCAGGUGUUCCAUGCGGGUUGCUUAUUCAAAUGGUUUACGACGAGUGGUGGAUCGACUUGUCCGCUGUGCCGCAGCCUGUUUUAG